CAGACCGUGGCUCACAUGUUACUUCCUGGAUGGAAUGGAAAGCGUCCAGCUCAAACGCAACUAUUCCCUUUCUGCUUUUGCACGAGCCCCCGCAGCUCCCCGCUGUAAGGACUACUACCACUUUGAGUAGAAAAACAUCGUUUUCCUUUUUCUUCUUCAGCAUAUACACAGAUUGCGGCUUGAUGAUAGCGACUCUCGCCGUGUGUUUUUGUUGGAAUGUGAAGAAGCGGUGUGCACGAAGGGGAUUUUGAGAAAGUGCCGUUUCUUUGACAUUUGUAACUUCAAGAAUCCCUCUAAGCAGCAGCUAGCAUUUGUUGCUGCUACAUCUGGCCCCCGCGGUUGUGCUCAAUCGCUGUCCUGUUUCAUUUUGUGCUUUUUUUUUUCCUUCGUCGUCGUUUAAUCUUGCGCAGCUUUUUGGACAUUUAAAACUUUGUCGGCAGUUACCUUUUGUUGCUCUCAAUGUGCAUUUUGACAUGCGGAGGCUACUAGAACCGUGUUGUUGGGGGAUCAUUUCUUUAAUUUUAUCAGACUACGUGCUUUUCGGGGCCGACUGUCAUCCUGCUUUGACAGGAGGCCAGCCUGGAUCUUUACAAGGAAAGCAGCCUGGAAGAGCUGCUCGGCUAGGGAGAAGGAGGAGGGCAUCUGGAGAUCCCUACUGGGCCUAUUCAGGAACCUAUGGACCUGAGCACUGGGUUUCAUUGAAUGCAGAAUGUAGAGGGAUGAGCCAGUCCCCCAUAGACAUCAUAGACCAAAACACUAAAGUUGUACCAGAAAACCUAGAACUCAUCCUUGAGGGGUUUGAAGCUGAAUCUUCAAACAAAACAUGGAUGAAGAAUACAGGGAAAACUGUUGCCAUUCUGCUGAAGGAUGAAUAUUUUGUCAGUGGUGCCGGACUGCCAGGCAGAUUCAAAGCAGAGAAAGUGGAGUUCCAUUGGGGUCAGAGUAAUGCUUCAGCAGGCUCAGAACACAGCAUCAACGGCAGGAGAUUCCCAGUUGAGAUGCAGAUUUACUUGUAUAAUUCAGACGACUUUGACAACAUCGAAGCAGCAAUUUUGGAUAAGAGAAUAAUAGGAGCAAUGUCUGUGUUCUUUCAGGUUGGGCUGAAGGACAACCCAGCAGUGGACCCGAUUAUCCAUGGACUGAAAGGGGUGGUUCACCACGAGAAGGAAACAUUUUUAGAUCCUUUUGUGCUGAGAGACUUGCUGCCAGCCUCACUCGGAAGCUAUUACCGCUACACUGGUUCCCUGACAACCCCACCUUGUAGUGAGAUCGUGGAGUGGAUAGUCUUCAGCAGGCCUGUCUUUGUCUCUUAUCAGCAGCUGGAGGCAUUUUAUUCCAUAUUUACCACUGAACAGCAGGACCAUGUCAAAUCAGUGGAAUACUUGAGGAACAACUUCCGACCGCUGCAGAGCCUGGACGGCAGGGUGGUCUACAAGUCAGCCGUCAGAGAUGCUUGGAUCCAAGACAUGACCGACAGCCUGGGGAAUCCGUACGGAGCUGACUCCUCAAAAGUAUGCAGCACUCCUCCAGUCAAUAUGAAGGUGCAGCCAUUAAAUAAAACCGCAUUAGUAGUAAGCUGGAACAGACCUGAAACUGUCUACCACCCUCCCAUCAUCAACUUCAUGAUCUCCUACAGCUGGAAUAAGAAUGAUGAGCCAAACGAUCAAACCUUCACCAAGGACAAUGACCAGGAUCUGGAGGCUGUCAUCAACACUGUCUCUCCGGACAUUCUUUACCUGUUCAGGGUCCAAGCAGUGUGCCAGAAUGACAUGAGAAGUGACUUCAGUCAGACCAUGCUGUUUCGUGCCAACACUACAAGGAUAUUUGAAGGAACCAGAAUUGUGAAAACAGGCAUGCCUACUGCUUCCCCAGCCUCUUCAGCAGACAUGGCGCCCAUAAGCUCUGGGUCCUCUACCUGGACUUCCUCUGGCCUCCCUUUCUCAUUUGUUUCUAUGGCAACCGGAAUUGGACCUUCGUCCAGUGGGAGUCAAGCAACUGUGGCCUCUUUGGUGACUAGUACAUUACUGGCUGGCCUUGGGUUUAGCGGGGGUGUUAUUUCUUCCUUUCCCAGUUCAGCCUGGCCUACCCGUCUGCCCCCUGCUGCUUCUGCAACCACCAAACAGGUGGUGAAGCCCAUUGUGCCCACCACUGAGGCUGUAUCCUCCCCCAGCUCAGAGGGGGAUUCCACAGUCUCCAAAGACAAUGAGGGGGCCGAAGGAGGAGAUAAAGAUGGGAAAGGGGAAGGUGAGGAGGGGGAGAAAGAGGGAGAAGAGGAGGGAGAAGAGGGGAAUGAGGCGAAGGAAAAGAAGGUGGUGACUGAGGUUGCAGAGGCACAGGAGAACAAGACCGAAACCAAAGUGACCACCACUGCUUCUCCGACUGCAACUGCGAAAGAGAAAGAACAAGUGGAGGAAGUAUCCGAGACCCCGAAAACUGAGGAAAACGUUAUCCCCACGGCAACAGUUAAAGUUGAGCCUGCUAAAGAGAUAGAAAGAGCCUUUGAUACGGAGACAGUGACUCCAACCCAAAUGUUGUCCACUUUUACACACAAAGCACCAGGUGUGGUUUCAAAAAGGCCAACAAUGACCGCAGAUGAAGAAAUUGGUGAAAAGAAAAAGACUUUUGUCCUGGUUGAUAAAGAAAAUAAUAGCGUCUCAAAUAUGGCGAGAAACCCGGGGCAUUCUUCGAACAAGAUGGAGUGGAUCAUCCCGCUGGUGGUUGUCUCUGCACUCACGUUUGUGUGCCUCAUUCUCCUUGUGGCUGUGCUGGUUUACUGGAGGAUGACCAGCCUGUGCUCUUUACUUUGCAUCAAGUACAGAAAGUGUUUUCAAACUGCUCAUUUCUAUGUAGAAGAUAGCAGCUCUCCCCGGGUGGUCCCCAAUGAAAGCAUCCCAAUUAUCCCUAUUCCAGAUGACAUGGAGGCCAUUCCAGUCAAGCAGUUUAUGAAGCAUGUCAGUGAGCUUUAUUCCAAUAACCAGCAUGGAUUUUCAGAGGAAUUUGAGGAAGUGCAACGUUGUACUGUUGACAUGAACAUCACAGCAGAGCACUCCAGUCACCCAGACAACAAGCACAAAAACAGAUACAUCAACAUUGUUGCAUAUGAUCACAGUAGAGUGAAGUUACGACCUUUAGCAGGAAAGGAUGCAAAGCACAGUGAUUUCAUUAACGGCAAUUAUGUUGACGGUUACAACAAAUCAAAGGCCUACAUCGCAACACAAGGACCUUUAAAGUCAACGUUUGACGAUUUCUGGAGAAUGAUUUGGGAGCAGAAUACCGGAAUCAUCGUUAUGAUCACAAAUUUAGUUGAAAAAGGACGAAGAAAAUGUGAUCAGUACUGGCCAUCCGAGAACACUGAAGAAUAUGGAAACAUCAUCGUUACACUGAAGAGCACAAAAGUACACGCCUGUUACACGCUGCGCCGUUUCACAAUCAGGAAUACAAAACUAAAAAAGGGACAGAAAGGCAACCCCAAAGGGCGCCAGCAUGAGAGGACAGUGAUUCAGUAUCACUACACACAGUGGCCUGACAUGGGCGUACCAGAGUAUGCUCUGCCAGUUCUCACCUUUGUGAGAAGAUCGUCAGCUGACAGAACUCCAGACAUGGGCCCAGUGCUUGUCCAUUGCAGCGCUGGUGUUGGCAGAACUGGAACUUAUAUUGUAAUUGACAGCAUGCUGCAACAGAUACAAGAUAAAAGCACAGUCAAUGUCCUCGGGUUCCUCAAACACAUCAGGACACAGCGCAACUACCUCGUCCAAACUGAGGAGCAGUACAUCUUUAUCCAUGAUGCCUUGCUGGAAGCAAUCCUUGGCAAAGAAACAGAAGUACUUGCCAAUCAACUGCACAGCUAUGUUAACAGCAUCCUCUCCCUGGGGGCUGGUGGGAAGACGCGACUAGAAAAGCAAUUUAAGCUGGUGACACAGUGCAAUGCAAGAUAUGUGGAAUGCUUCAGUGCACAGAAAGAAUGCAACAAAGAGAAAAACAGAAACUCUUCUGUGGUGCCAUCUGAACGUGCCAGGGUGGGUCUUGCACCGCUGCCUGGAACGAAAGGAACAGAUUAUAUCAAUGCCUCCUAUAUUAUGGGUUACUACAGGAGCAACGAAUUCAUCAUUACACAACACCCUUUGCCUCACACAACAAAGGACUUCUGGAGGAUGAUCUGGGACCACAAUGCGCAAAUCAUUGUCAUGUUGCCAGAUAACCAAGGCUUGGCAGAGGAUGAAUUUGUAUAUUGGCCGAGCCGUGAAGAGUCUAUGAACUGUGAGGCCUUUACCGUUACCCUUAUCAGCAAAGACAGAUUGUGCCUCUCAAACGAAGAGCAAAUUAUCAUCCAUGACUUUAUCCUAGAGGCAACACAGGAUGACUAUGUCCUUGAAGUGCGUCACUUUCAGUGCCCUAAAUGGCCAAACCCAGAUGCUCCACUCAGCAGCACCUUUGAACUUAUCAAUGUAAUUAAGGAAGAGGCCAUGACCCGAGAUGGACCAACCAUUGUUCAUGAUGAGUGUGGUGCAGUUUCAGCAGGAAUGCUUUGUGCCCUUACAACCUUGUCACAGCAGCUAGAGAGUGAAAACGCUGUGGAUGUCUAUCAGGUGGCAAAAAUGAUCAACCUCAUGAGGCCAGGAGUUUUUACAGACAUCGAACAGUACCAGUAUCUAUACAAAUCAAUGCUCAGUUUGGUCAGCACCAAGGAGAAUGGAAAUAGCCUCCUGUCAAUAGACAAAAAUGGCACUAUUGUGAUUCUGGAUGAAUCAGACCCAGCAGAAAGCAUGGAGUCUCUCGUUUGAAGAUUGAAAAACCUUGAAGAGGCACUUCAUUUGUAAAACUUCAAGGACUAGGCAGACUUUUUUGAGGCCUUUUUUUGUCAGACUCUAGGUUAAAAAAAAAAAUAACCUGAUUCCUUUUUUUACACUGAUAAAGUUUUUGAUAUUUAUUUUUGCCAUUUUAUGUCUUAAUGUUAUCCUACUGAGCAUUUGCACCUAUGUUUAAUUUCACACAAUGAAACACAAUUUUUUCUAGUUUGCACUAUAUAAUCAGUGUUACUGCCUAUAAUAUUCGAAUCUACAGAACUGGUAAUCAAGCCCUAAUGAGACAUUCCAUGGCAUCAUUCAACGUGUGUGCUCUUGAGUUGAUCAGAACGACAAGCAUUGGCAAUGUAUCAUCUGCAGUAACCACAGUACAAAUGAAACAUGUGUAAUCCAAUAAAGGCUGGGUUUGCUUUUGAGCACCCCAUUUUAAAUGUAUUUUAAUGCAUACAUUUCAUUAAGAAGUUUUGAUUCAGUGUGAUGAAACUAUGCUUUGUUUUAUACAGGAAAACAUUGUAUAGUUUCGCUUAGGAAAUUAUCAGGCUACUUUCUACACCUACAGCAAUAGGGUAAAAAUAAAUGUUUUUGGUUUUUUUUAUUCUAAAUAAGGUAUUCUUAAUAAAAGUCAAGCCCAUCAUAUUGUUCUUUUAAAAGUUGGUCGAAUUAAGAAAAAAAAAUAAUAAUCUGUGAAAGUUGGAACCUUUUUUAAAAACGGAACUCUCACUGGUGUUUUGUAACUGUACAUUGAUCCGCCCCCCUCUCUCCCUCGCCUUUAAAAAGGACAGUAAUACACUUUCAGCCCUCUCCAUCAGAAAUGUAAGUUUUUAUUUGUAUUUGAUUUUAUUUGUUUAUACCCUUAACACUGUAUGUGUUGCAUACCCUCCCUCCAUAGUCUGCAUUUGCUGAAGAUGAGUAGGACAUGUAAAGUGUUUUCUUGUUAAAACCAUCUGGUCUCAGUGAAAAGGCAUUUUCAAUCCCACGUGACUAUGAGUGCAACAUUGACUCAUGGGUUUCUAUAAGAGCACGCUUGGCCCCACAGACCCCAUGUCUUGGUAUAUUGUUUUUAUUUUGCUGAAAGCUUUCUAUUCCUUUUCUCCCAAAUUUAUUACCAGUGUGCUUUAGGCUCAUGCUGAGUGGAUCAAUGCCUUGACUCGUUUGUUGCUACAUAACAACAGCGUCUGGUUUUAAACAAUUUGAUAUUUGGGUCUAUAUUGGGGAUAUUGGAAAAUAGAUCGAUAUCAGAAGCUAAACCAAUUGGCCUUGUUAAUUAUACAGCACAACUGCCUUGAUGUUAGUCUUUAUUUUGUGUUGUAGUUAUUUAAAAAAAAAUAAAAUAAAUUGGAGAGAAAAAAUAGAGUUUGUCAACUUUACCAAAGAUAUAUAUAUAUAUAGUACUAAUUUUUGCAAGAAUAGGCGCUUUCAUUCUGCAAACAUUCGAGUUAAACAUUGUUUUAAUCAUAGUUAUUGACUGAAAGAAAUUUCAGGUUUGCUUGACUGUUUUAGGUGAGUUUUUUUUUUUUGUUUGUUCUUAAAUGAGACAGAAUUACUUGUUAACUAUUUCAUUUUAUACUAUUAAAUGAUAUUAUGUAAGUUACUUAACACCACAUGUUAACCCUGUGCACUUACUGCUUCAGUUGCUAUUUAAGAGUGUUUAUUCCAACUCAAGUCCUACCACAGUUCCUGUCAUGUAAGGACACAAACCAAGCUGUAAUAGUUGGGACAAAAAUGCUUACAAUAACAUUGUGCUUAUGGAAAGCUUAGUGAAGUGUAGUAUUUCACUUAAUUUGUCAGAGAGAUGUUUUUUUAAUUAAACUUCAAAAAAUAGAAAACAUUCAAUCUUUUUGUAUUGUUAUUAUUAUUAUUUGUCUCCAGAAGAGGAGUCUGUUAAGUGAAAGUUACAGCUCUCCAACAUUUGGGGUAGUGACUUGAUUGAUUUUAUUUUUGUUUAGAAUUACAUGCAGCCGUUGUUUCUUGAGGAUUGAACGAAGUCUCAUAAAUUCAUUUCAUUUUAACACUAGUGUAUAUCAUUAAAAUGUACAUAUGUUGUUGCUUUAAUAACCAUCUUCUGGAAACUUUGUAUCUAUGGUAUAUAAUCAUAGAAUUUUAUAUUUUCAUAUAAAGCUAUUUUUUUUUCUAGUUUCAACUCCUUCAUAGUUUUUUUUGUGGUGGAUAUGUGGAAACUAACUGCAUUAAGGUAGUGAGUACUGUCAUCACAUUCCAAAAUAAAUUCCACAUGUACGAUUACUUUUGGGGCAGUGAUUGUGAAUCUUGGGUGUUUUUUUUUUUAUCUUUCUUUCUUUUACAAUUCUGUUGUCAGUGUGUACAAUAGGAAUAAAUCUAGCCAGUCACUGAAUAAGUUUGUCCCAUUGACCCAUUUGAAAAAUGUGGUGUUUCUCCUCUUUUUUGUAACUUGAAAAAAACAAAACGUUUUUUGUUCCGUUGAAAGCUAUAUCAAAUCAUUCUAUAAUACUGUUAUUUAAUAUGUCAAUUGUAUUGCUAUACAUAAAAUAAAGUAUGGGUUUUGAUGUA